AUGUGGAGACAUCACAGGUAUUUGUAAAUAUAUACAAAAGCGAGCGAAAGACUCUGGAGCACAGCAGACUAUCAGCAGCGACCAUUCUUAUACAGAAAUUGUAGAAAAAUGUGUUGAGUUAACCGCCUGUUCGUCUCGCGAUAGUUUGACGCUGCUUUGGAAAAGAGUAAAAAUAUGAACAUCUCAUUUCAAAACGUCGACUGCCUUCUUUGUUUUGCAUAAUUCCUGCUCGGCGACUUAGGAAUGAACAGUAUUGUUAUUUUAAAGUUUUGGUAAUGACCAUUAGGCAACAGAUUCUUAACAGUGGUUUCAGUUGAGCUUUGAAGGGAAAUUUGAAAGUGAUGGACUCAAAAAGAAGUCCAGACGUGUAUAUUGCUGGCAGUGUUGCCAAGGAUAUUCGAGUGCAGGGUCUGGAAGAUGGAGCUGAAGAACAACUAUCCCUGACAUCCGAACAUGGAACGGUUGCAGGAAUGGCGUCAGAUUCAGAGGAUGACCUGUUUCUUGGCGCUGAUGCACAGAUCUUUUCCAAGGCCAACACACCACAGCGCUACUUUGAAUCAUCUAGUGAUAGCACAGAACCCACAAGAAGAAACAAAGAAGCUAGAAAACUUUGUAAUAUUGGAAGAGCCAACAGUUCAGACAGCAUUUUGUCAAAUUUUUCCGACUUCAGUUGGGCCUCCCACGGUGUAAAUUCGCUGCUGAACGCAAUGACCGUAGAUCCAGAAGAAUUCCUCACUGAUUUGGGAUUUGCCGAAACGGAUCUGCGCGUGCGUAUUCCAGAAAGAUUUUUUCAGUCGGCUUCUAAUGCGCAUGGAAUCGAUGUGGAUUCAUUUCGAAGAAGUCUUGAAACGGACGAUGUGUUUGGAUCAUCGCCCCAAGAGUCUUCGGUAUGGUCGGAACCAGGCUCCUGCAGGAUCCCCUCCAGGUUUAUAACGUGUCCCACGGAACCAACAAACACGCUGUAUGUGGGGCCCUAUAGCUCUGUGCCUCUUAUCUCUGAACCUGAAGAAGCGCCCGAGGAGUCGUUUGAUCUAAUGAGGCACCUUAGACUCAACAAACCACAACACGUUACAAAGGGGGUGUACCUUGAACCAGUUACGGAAGAACUUGAAGUGUCUUCAGUUGGAAGUGGAACAAUUAGGACGAGAAUUUCUAGAAAACUUUCUAACGAAGAAGGCACGAUCAUCGUACGAGAGGAAUCGUCGGAGCAACCGAACCUGGAUUCCGAACUAGUCUUGAAUGUUCCUUCGCUCAUUGUAAGCGAGAAAACGAGCUUUGAUUCGAACGAGCUUGCUGAUACCAAUUUUACUGAAAACAAUCGAGAAGAGACGGCGAUCACUGCCAAUUUAAACGUUAAAGAAAGCGAGAGUAUUCUCGUCAGAGGAGGUACUUUGUUGGAUUAUGGAGUGAGUUCGUCAGGCAUUACAGAGACAGGGAAUUCGAGCCAGUAUAGAACAGACAGCGAUCAAUUUGCGUUGAUUACAAGUGAUCACAGUGAUAUGGAAGAUGUUGAAGGGAACCCAGUCGUGGAUUUUGAUUCAAGAGUAGCAGAUAUUUCUCCUCUCGCGGCGGUCCCAGUGCACUUGAAAGUUGGAAAUAUUGCUGUGCAGGAUUCUUUUGAACUCGAGGAAAUUGGAAAUGAGUAUUUUAACGAAAAAGAAUGUUCAUCGUUUGUAGACGAAGAAAGUGGAUAUAAUUCCAAGGCUUCAGACAAUCGCAUGACAAGAGAAAACAGCGGGGAAAGUAGUGGCUUUGAAGAAAUGUUUCCCGACAAAGACGCAGCAAGUUCAAAUUCUUGUUCGCCUGUUUUGAAUGUGAAGGGAUCUUCCACGGUCGAAUGUACUUUUGUCAGCGACGUAAGGCCACUGAAAGCUCUUUUGGAUCCUGAACUGAUUUGCAGAGCUUUGGAAGAAAAAUCGCCGAGAGGGACCUUCGCGCAAAGAAGAACAAAAUCUUUAACAAAACAGCGACCUGUUGACGAGGAUGGUUUUGGAUUAUGGGUCUCUGGUUCCAGUUCACCCCUGUCAAAAUAUGUUGCGGGGAGUAUAGGGAACAGCGUGGGUCAAAAUUACGAGAGUACUUCCUUGGACUUUGCUCAGAAAGGGUCAAGUUUUCUUUCUCGAAAGACUGAAGAACCAGUGGAUCUUGCUAGGAAAUCCGACGUAGACGGGUAUGAUGGUGAAAUCGACGAAAACUUCAACAGAAAAUCAAAAUCUGAUUUGGAACAACUGCCAUUAGCUGUCGUAUCGUCCACCUUAGAAAAAUACGGUGGUGGUCUUGAUAAGGAUACUGUGUCUUCCGAAACCAAAGGAAACGAAAAGAUAAAUGAUGGAAAAUCUGCAUCAAGUAUUGAGAUUGACCCUCACAUAGUGGAAAGACAAUCUAAGUUUGGUCCUUUCGUGUCUGGAACGUCAGAACAAGGCAGUGGCAGUUUUGUGAAGGACAACCAAGUUUCUGCUGAGAGAUUACGAAACGAAAAGCCUUUUCAUGGGGAAUUUUGUGUGAUUGUUGAGAAUGACCCUAAUACUGCCAUGAGACAAACGACGAUUAGUCCUGUUGUAUCAGGUACAUCAGAAAUAGACGAUACCAGCGAAGAAAAGGAUAACAAAGCGCUAGCUAAUAGUGUUUGCGUUGGAGAUCAAGGAAAUGGAGAGUGUUUCUCUGAUGUUGCGAUUGAAGCUAACACUGCGAUGAAUAAAUCCAGGUUUAGCCCAAUUAUUCUAAAUAAUGUGACAAGUGAAAACCAUGACAACAUCUCCGACUCAAGCUUAACUACAGAAGAGUUCGUUUCGCCGCAGAGUUUAGUUGAACUAUCAGACGAUGGUUAUUUUCAUGCCAAGUUACUCCAGACUAACUCAGAUAUCGGAGACAAUACAGAAAAUUGUGUUGGUGUCGCUGCUAGUGGUAACCUUUCAGUGUCUUCCCUCGGGGAAAAUGAAGACGUUAGUGCAUGCGUAGAACAACAAAAGAGGAAGGAAUCCCGAAAAGCUUUGCAAAAGGUUGAUUCUGAAUGUCUAAAGCAGUACCUUCAUGAGAUAAACAUUCUAGAGCAAAGCGUUAAAAAGUAUGAAUCAAACUUAUCUCCCGAGGGACAACUGGAUAGAGCCAAAACUUUAGAUGACACUGAAAGUGUACUGGUCAGGAUCAACGAAGAAGUGAGUGCUAUUCAAGAACUGCGUGUGAUGAUUGGUUCAGAACUCGAAAGGAUGAAGUUUCUUCUAUCGGAACGCAGAAGGCUGUUGCUCGCAGGAGUUGCGAAGAACCCAGUCUGUUUCGGAGUUUCUCAAAGUAUGGCAGACCUUCUUCGGGAACAGUCGUCGCUAAAUAUUGGACUUUCGAACAUUAACGAUGAAUUAUCGAUUCGAGAGAAGGCUUCUCAACGGGCCAGGAUAUACGCGCAGAUUGAAAGCACUAAGAAAGAGUUGAAAGAAGAUCGUGAAAAGUGUUUGAAGGAGUUUCGUGAAGAGAUAAAGGAAGGCCUUGUCCGCGAGUUGUGUCAAAAGUUUUCAACGGAGAUCGAGUUGCUUCGUCAAGAAGUUCAGUCUAAAGACGCUGUGAUCGAGCAGUUGAUGAAGAAUCGCGAACAAGCAGAUCCAAAUCAAGAUCUUGAUCAUCCGGAACAGAGUUGAAGUCUAAA